ACACAACCGUUCAGUGCACACAACACAACACACCGCGUACACAACAAUAACAAACCGCGCAGCUUUUAGCGGGGGAGCACGUUUGUCUGUAAUAAUUGGUGUAAUUGAAACUGAAAAUCACAGUCCAGCCAGCAGCAUACUGAAGCUGCAGCUCACUACUGCAGUUCAAGCGCACCAUGGAGAGACUUCCUGUAGAGGUUUUAAGUCAAAUUGUUGGAUGCCUGAACUUCUGUGAUCAGCUACAACUUGCCAAAGUGUGUGUCCGGUGGCGAGCGGCCGUCCGCGACUGCCUGCAGCGGCGGCAGCGUCUCACGGCCGGCGACCUGAAGGGAAAACGCUGCACGGACACUCUGCUGCGCACCCUGCUGCCCCAGCUGCCGGCGCUCAGAGCUCUGCGCGUCGCCGGAUACGACCUCGAUAUCGACAUCGUAUCCGAGCACUGCCGCCGACUGGAGGAGGUGGACCUGUCUCCGUUCCGGCUGAGCGAGGACGCCCUGGAGCGGCUGUGCCAGCACUGUCCGCGCCUCUCCUCCGUGAAGCUGCCCGAGAGCUGCGAGCCGCUCUGGCCGGAGCUGGUGCUGCGCCGGCUGCCCGACCUGCGUGACCUGCGGCUGGAGCACGUGCACCUGACGGCGGCCACGGUGACGCUGCUGCCGGCGGGCCUGGAGCGGCUGUCGCUGUACGCGUGCCAGGUGCCGUGCGGGCCGCGCCAGCCGGCCGACCGCUGGCCGCGGCUCACGGAGCUCGUGCUGACGCUGACCUCGGUGGACCUGGACGGCGACCUGACCGCCCUGCUGGCCGGCUGUCCGAGCCUGCGCCGGCUGCAGGCCAACUGCGCCGACGCCACCGACCAGCUGCUCAAGGAGCUGCCCGGCCUCAAACAGCUGCAGACUCUGGACCUCUCCUUCUGUGAUGAUCUGACGGAGGCCGCUCUGGUGGAGAGCCUGCCGCGCCUGAGGCAGCUGAAGUCGCUGAACCUGUGCGGCGUGUCGUCCGUCACCGACACCGUGCUGUGCAGCCUGACCGGCGCCGAGUCGCUCUCCGAGCUGACCCUGGGGGUCGAGGUGUACUACCAGAGCGUGGACUUCACGAUGGACGGGCUCCAAAGUCUGGUCGUGAGCUGCGCCUCCCUCGCCACGGUGGUGCUGAUGUACUGGGAAGGGAAGGAUCUGGAGGCCAUCAUCCGCGGCCUGUCUGCGCAACUGGACCCGGAGCGGCGCGUCACCCUCACCAUCGAUGAGACGAUGCUGGAGCAGAUUGACGAGUCGGUGCUGCCAGCCGCCGACAGCCCGCUACGGAUCGCCACGUUCAGCUGAGCUCCCUCUGGGACCACGGACCGAGGACCGGACCGGACCGAGGACUGAGGACCGGACCGGGGACCCUCCCGGACGGCCGUGAAUGUCGUCACAGCUUUUAUAACACCUCGCACUAACGCUGAGUAGUUUGAUAGUUGCCCGAGACAUAAAAGGUUAUCUGGUGCUUAGUUUGGUGCAUAUUUGGUGCAGAUUUGGUUCAUCGUGUUUCUUAGAAGUUUUUAGUUUUGUUUACACAAUUGCUUGUAUACUUGAUUUUUCACAUUAUCAGAUACCAUUUUCGAUUAAAAUUCUGAUUUCUGAAAUAAGUUCAUUAUAUCGACACCUUUUUUUAAACCCCACAUUUGUUCUCCCGUGAAGUUCAGACAAGUUGUUUAGUAACCUUCAAAAAAGGUACAGUCACUCGAUUUUUCUCAAGUUUGUCUGUCUUGGCAGAUCAAGCAAUGCCAGAGCAAGCUUACGAUUCGGACACACAAAUUUGAUCAGGAUCAGACGAUUGGACACUUCUAAAAAAGAGAUCUUUCGUGCUUCCCGGAAAUUCACCGGAGAACAGAUGUGGGGUUUAAAAAAAGGUGUCGAUACGUUUGUUGAAAAAGAUAUUUUGUCAAGUUCGGUGCAUUUGCCAGAUAACCCGUCGUGAUACGGCUAUUUUCCACAUUAUUAUCCAUUUGUUGCUUACUGGCGUCGGGUACCUUCCAGUAGCAAAGCUUAGCCACUUACUCUUAGAAUGCUGAGCCAUUACAAAAUACCAUAGUCAACUGCUUUUAUAUGUUAGAUAGCUUUUUGAGCAACAUGAAUUUUUUAUAUACCGUUGAGGAACGGCUUCGAUCUCGCCUUUCCAGCGUUGCCUUGUGAUGCUUGCAAAUCCUUGCUUGCAAUAUGGUGGUGGGUUUAGCUUUCAUGCAGGCCAGUAACUGAUUGAAUUUUCAAUUUGCAGCAUUGAGACUUGAGCGGCUGCUUCAACUCACCGCGUAGAGAUGUCAAUAACGAACUAUAAACAGUUUAUCUUAAAGUAUUUUUUAUGGGGAUGCUUUUUAUCAGCAGUUGUGCGGUGGUAGAAAUCAUCCGUCUUUUUAUGCGUUAAUCUCGACUCCGCUCUGGGAUGGGUACGGCUCGGACCUCAGCUGGAGCAUAAGUCACCGGCUUAGGCCGGCUGGAGUCACCCGGCUGUCUGUACGAACCGGUCGGCCUCUGACGUCACCGGCGGAGAUGGGUGACGUCACCGGCUUUCGGAAGGCGCCGGGCGGCUCCCGGAGCCGCCGCUGCGUCGGCUCGGUCCGGAUUCCGGCGACUUUUCCGGAGCUCCGGGUGGGGCCGGUGCCUGUGUGACUGCGGGGUCUCUGCUGGUUUUGUGCGUGAUUCAAGCACCAUUGUAUAACGAGAAAUGGACUGGCGAUCCGCAUGGACCGAUGGGAUGGACGAUGGAAUGGCAUGGAAAAUGGACCGCCUGGAGUCUUUCUUUUUAUCGCAGUGAUAUAUCCGUUUUAAGUGGCUUCGAUGAAGUGCCAAAAUAAAUUAUUUUCCUGAA